CCAUAAUACUUCUCCGGACGGCGUCUCCCCGCCCUCGGCCGCGCCGCCUGGAUCGGCCUCUGCUCCCCGCCGGCCGCCCGCAGCCUCCUCCCCCGGCUCAGUGUCGGCGUCCCCGGCGGCCGGCGCGCUGCAGCCUAGCACCGGAGGGAUGGGUGUUCGCAUCGCUUCCGGGGCUCUUCCCGGCCCCUGAACGGCUCCUCUGCGUGCACCGGCUCCCCGCACUCACUCAGGCAAGUGAACCAGAGCAAACGACUUCCGAUCCUGUCCGCGCUGCUGCAGCUCCCGUUUGGAUUUGAUUUGCAGCAUAUUCCAGUCGGUGCGACAAAAACCUGUGAAGCACGCCUGGCCCUCCCCGGGCACCCCAGUCCGCGUCCACUCCCUCCUGGGGACACUGCAGGGCGCGUCCGCACCCCCACGCUCCCACACCAUGUGCGGAAGGACUGCUCCCCGCCUGUGUCGUUGAUGUCAGACCCCAGGCCAGCCUCCGGGCUCUGCAGUUCUCCCGGCUAAUGCUGAGGCUGCGGCUCCCGCUCUAGCGCAGUGAGCAGCCCCUGCCGCGCCAGGCCCCAACGCCCUCAUCUGCAUGUGCCCGCUGUAGCCGCCUGCCCAGCCUGCUGCCGCGCUGGAGACCACCGCUGGGGUCCUCUUCUGCCCUCGCGAGAAGCGAUCUUGGAGGUAUUGAUUGUGGUGGCUGGAUUUUUCCCGUGGAUUUAUCACUUGACAAUUUGACUUUGGAAGAAAGGAGGAAAACAUGACGUCUCCAGCCAAAUUCAAAAAGGAUAAGGAGAUCAUAGCAGAGUACGAUACUCAGGUCAAAGGUGGGGACUAGGGGCUUGAACCUGGGUCCUUGUGUACUGUAAUGUGAGCACUUAACCAGAGAUCCGAGCUCAGCUCACAGAGCAGAUGAAAUGCCUGGACCAGCAGUGUGAGCUCCGGGUUCAGUUGUUGCAGGACCUCCAAGACUUUUUCCGAAAGAAGGCUGAAAUUGAGAUGGACUAUUCACGUAACCUGGAAAAGUUGGCAGAGCGCUUCCUUGCCAAGACACGCAGCACCAAGGACCAGCAGUUCAAGAAGGAUCAGAAUGUACUUUCUCCAGUCAACUGCUGGAAUCUCCUCUUAAACCAGGUGAAGCGGGAGAGCAGGGACCACACCACCCUGAGUGACAUCUACCUGAAUAAUAUCAUUCCUCGAUUUGUCCAAGUCAGUGAGGACUCAGGAAGACUCUUUAAAAAGAGUAAAGAAGUCGGCCAGCAGCUCCAAGAUGAUUUGAUGAAGGUCCUGAAUGAGCUCUACUCGGUCAUGAAGACAUAUCACAUGUAUAAUGCCGACAGCAUCAGUGCUCAGAGCAAGCUAAAGGAAGCGGAGAAGCAGGAGGAGAAGCAGAUUGGUAAAUCUGUAAAGCAAGAAGACCGACAGACCCCACGCUCUCCUGAUUCUACAGCCAUUGUCCGCAUUGAGGAGAAGCAUGUCCGGAGGAGCUCAGUGAAGAAGAUUGAGAAGAUGAAGGAGAAGCGCCAAGCCAAAUACACAGAGAACAAACUGAAGGCCAUUAAAGCCCGGAAUGAGUACUUACUGGCUUUGGAGGCAACCAAUGCAUCUGUCUUCAAGUACUACAUCCACGAUCUGUCUGACCUUAUCGAUCAGUGUUGUGACUUGGGCUAUCACGCUAGCCUGAACCGGGCACUACGCACCUUCCUUUCUGCUGAGUUGAAUCUAGAGCAAUCAAAGCAUGAAGGUCUGGAUGCCAUUGAGAAUGCUGUAGAAAAUCUGGAUGCCACCAGUGACAAGCAGCGCCUCAUGGAGAUGUACAACAGUGUCUUCUGCCCACCUAUGAAGUUUGAGUUCCAGCCCCACAUGGGAGACAUGGCUUCCCAGCUCUGUACCCAGCAGCCAGUCCAGAGUGAGCUGGUACAAAGGUGCCAACAACUGCAGUCUCGCUUAUCCACCCUGAAAAUUGAGAAUGAAGAGGUAAAGAAGACAAUGGAAGCCACUCUUCAAACCAUCCAGGACAUUGUGACUGUGGAGGAUUUUGAUGUGUCUGACUGCUUCCAGUAUAGCAACUCUAUGGAGUCUGUCAAGUCCACAGUCUCAGAAACUUUCAUGAGCAAGCCAAGCAUUGCCAAGAGGAGAGCCAACCAGCAAGAGACAGAACAGUUCUAUUUUACGAAAAUGAAGGAAUACCUGGAGGGCAGGAACCUCAUCACUAAGUUACAAGCCAAGCAUGACCUUCUUCAGAAAACGCUGGGGGAAAGUCAGCGGACAGAUUGCAGUUUGGCCAGGCGUAGCUCAACUGUGAGGAAGCAGGUUUCCAGCCAGGCAAUUCCUUUGGUGGUAGAAAGCUGUAUCCGAUUUAUCAGCAGACAUGGACUACAACAUGAAGGAAUUUUCCGGGUGUCUGGAUCCCAGGUGGAAGUAAAUGACAUCAAAAAUGCCUUUGAGAGAGGAGAGGACCCCCUGGCUGGGGACCAGAAUGACCAUGACAUGGACUCCAUAGCUGGUGUCCUGAAGCUUUAUUUCCGAGGGCUGGAACAACCUCUCUUCCCUAAGGACAUCUUCCAUGACCUGAUGGCCUGCGUCACAAUGGACAACCUGCAAGAGAGAGCAUUGCACAUCCGGAAAAUCCUCCUGGCCCUGCCCAAAACCACACUGAUUAUCAUGAGAUACCUCUUUGCCUUCCUCAAUCAUUUAUCACAGUUCAGUGAAGAGAACAUGAUGGACCCCUACAACCUCGCCAUCUGCUUCGGGCCCUCACUGAUGUCAGUGCCUGAGGGCCACGACCAGGUGUCCUGUCAAGCCCACGUGAAUGAACUGAUCAAAACCAUCAUCAUCCAACAUGAGAACAUCUUCCCAAACCCUAGGGAACUGGAGGGCCCAGUCUACAGCAGAGGAGGCAGCAUGGAGGAUUACUGUGAUAGCCCACAUGGAGAGACUACCUCAGCUGAAGACUCAACCCAAGAUGUCACCACAGAGCACCAUACAAGUGAUGAUGAGUGUGAGCCCAUUGAGGCCAUUGCAAAAUUUGACUACAUGGGCCGAACAGCACGAGAGCUGUCCUUCAAGAAGGGGGCGUCCCUGCUGCUUUACCAGAGGGCUUCCGACGACUGGUGGGAAGGCCGGCAUAAUGGCAUUGAUGGACUCAUCCCCCACCAGUAUAUUGUAGUCCAAGACACCGAGGACGGUGUCGUGGAGAGGUCCAGCCCCAAGUCUGACAUUGAGGUCAUUUCUGAGCCACCUGAAGAAAAGGUGACAGCCAGAGCGGGGGCCAGCUGUCCCAGUGGGGGUCAUGUAGCUGAUAUUUAUCUUGCAAACAUCAACAACAGCUUACAUCUUGAGAACUCAAAACCCACAACUAUCAAGCAAAGGAAGCGGCCAGAAUCUGGGAGCAUCCGGAAAACAUUUCGGAGUGACAGCCAUGGGCUGAAUAGUUCCCUGACUGACUCUUCCUCCCCGGGGGUGGGGACUAGCUGCCGCCCAUCUUCCCAGCCCAUCAUGAGCCAGAGUCUCCCCAAGGAAGGGCCAGACAAGUGUUCUAUCAGUGGGCAUGGGAGCCUCAACUCCAUCAGCCGCCACUCAUCCCUAAAGAAUCGUCUGGACAGUCCUCAGAUCAGGAAAACAGUGACAGCAGGAAGAUCAAAAAGCUUCAAUAACCACCGACCUAUGGACCCUGAGGUCAUUGCACAGGAUAUUGAGGCAACUAUGAACUCUGCCCUGAAUGAGCUGCGGGAGCUGGAAAGGCAGAGCAGUGUCAAGCAUGCCCCUGAUGUGGUUCUGGACACCUUGGAGCCCCUGAAAACUUCCCCUGUGGUGGCACCCACAUCGGAGCCCUCCAGCCCCCUUCACACCCAGCUCCUCAAGGACCCUGAGCCUUCCUUCCAACGCAGUGCCAGCACUGCUGGGGACAUUGCCUGUGCAUUCCGGCCUGUCAAAUCUGUCAAGAUGGCUGCCCCACUCAAGCCACCAGCCACUCGACCUAAGCCCGCUGUCUUCCCCAAAACAAAUGCCACAAGCCCUGGUGUCAGCGCAUCAGCUUCCCCACAGUCCACUGACAAGUCUUGUACUGUCUGAGGGAUAUAAUUUAAUUAUUCUAGAUUGUAGAACUGGGAACUGGAGGGAUUAACUGUUAUUAAAAUCUUCCUAUUUAA